ACACCUGAUCUAGGGUAGAUAACAGGUUGAACUUUGACCUGUGAAAUCACGAAAGUAUGGCCUCUGGAGGAGCAGAAGGAGGCUCGACCUCAAACAAUCGGACGCCGAGACCGAUCACCGAGCGCUUCCGGACAGCUGUCGCCAUGAUCCGGACACUACCCAAAGAAGGACCUUACAUGGCGGACAAUAAGACCAAAUUGCGUUUCUAUGCACUGUAUAAGCAGGCAACAGAAGGUCCAUGUGCUGCUCCAAAACCUGGAUUUUGGGAUGUCGUGGGCAAGGCCAAGUGGGAGGCUUGGAGCCUGUGUGGAAAUAUGAGCAAAGAGAUAGCAAUGCAGCUGUACGUUGAUGAGCUCACUGAGAUGGUUAAGGCAAUACCUGAGACGAAAGAAGUGGCGGAUUUUCUGGAGUCAGUUAGUCCUGUCUUACCACCUGAGACUGAGGAGGGAGGAGAGGAGGAGGGAGGAGAGGAGGAGGUACCACUAAGUAGUUCCGUUCUCCAUCGUGUGGAAGAACUAGAGUUGUCACGUGGGGAAAGAGGAGAGGAAGAAGAGGGAGAGGAGGAAGAGGAGGGAGAGGGGGAGAAAAGCGUCAGCAGUAACGGAGACUAUCAAGAAUCGUUCCAAGACCUGCAGAUUCAAAUCCUGCAAGUACAUGCAGUAGAAGUCGCACACUUACAACACGGACAAUGUCAGGAUGCAAGUCACUAUUCCAGGAUGGGGGUGCAAACGGGGAGCUAUUGUCACCGUGGCAACACGUAUCGCCCGAGUCACUGUCUCCGUCAUUUGAGGUAGUGGGCAGCGAUUCAUCCCACAACAAGACUCCGGAGUCAAAAUCUACCCCAGAGGCUCCUUUACCCCACCCCACUACCUCAGUUACUCCGUCCUCCCAGAACCAAGUGGGCGGGGCAUCCUCCUUCCGUCACGGUGGAGGUAGCAGUGCUAGUGGGGAAGGGGUUAACGUGGGGAGUAGGGGAGAGGGGCAGGGGGUGUGGUCUCGGCAGGGAGAGGGGGGAGUGGGGAGGGAGGUGAGGAUGGUGAGAGCGAGGCUAGAGGAAGCUCUUCAACAAAUCCAGACCCUCUCUCAGUAUAAUCAGAGGUUGCUACAGCAACAGACAAGUGACGACGCAACAACUGGUUUGAUUCUCAGGGUUGCUAGUAGACAGAGGAAACUCCGGAGAAUCGUUCACCUCGGCCUCAUGUUAUUGGGGUGGCCCCUACUCGUUAACCUGCUCGUCUCACGUAUUUUCAAGAGAACUGCUGUCACACUAUGGAUGUUGAGUGCAGUUUCAGCCACACAGGUGAUUCUCUCCUUCCUCCUCACACACUGGGGAUUCCCCUUAUAGCUAGCUCAGGUGACUGUCAUGUGAUCAUUACCUGAUAACAUAAUUGUGGCUGUUUUACAAAACCAAUUU